CAUUAUCUGAAUAUUUCCCGGAUUCUGUAGAUAUAUCUACAUCAACGCUGCCAGCUAUUAAUACUAGCAACAACAUUGCUAAUUCUACUAAGCCGCCGCGUGGAAUUAAUUUUAAAGUUAUAUUUCAUCCUGGUUUACACGUGGAUUACAGUGGGAAAUAUGGGAAUAGGAAAGUGUACCGUUUAAACGGUCAAGUAGGGCCACAU